ACAGACAGACAGAUAGGCAGACACACACACACACACACACACACACACACACACACACACACACACACACACACACCACCCCUCACAAUAUAUCAAAACAAAAUUCACAAUCCACCCAGACAAAACAAUUAUGAAAAAAAUAUAUAUUCCACCCCCUUCCACCUCCACCUCCACCACCACCCAGGACACCACCACCACCACCACCAGGCCCUCACCACCACCACCACCUUCACCACACGAGGAGGAGGUGGAGGAGGAGGAGGAGGAGGAGGAGGAGGUGCCAGGCUUGUUGGAUCUCUCCCCCACCAGAAGAGAAAUGGUGGGGGGGGGAGGAAAGGAGAGAGAAAGCCCUGGAAAUAAGCCCACCCCUCCACCAGCCACCCCAGGCCAAGAGGAACCCAAGAAGACCCCGACGAGACCCCAAGAGACCCCGAACAGACCCAUGACGCUCGACAUUCGACAAAAAGCGAAGAAAUCUCGCGAUGUGAAAAUUGAUGUUGAGUUGAAUUUAGCGAAGUUUCCGGCGAACGACUCGGAGAAAACGGAACGUGGAGGGAAAACGGAGAUGGAGGAGCGGACCCGAGUGUCUUACGCCCGAUUGGAUGAGAGGGAAAGCCCGGGGGGUCAGCGGAAUAGAAAACGUGGGCUAUUUUCAAGGGGCACCGAGCGAAAUAUAUCCAAUAGCCGAUCUUCCGAUAGUCAAAUUUCCACUGUUCCGUCGGACCCUAGGCCAAGGCGAGGGUUCACGCUGCCCCUCGGAAAGUCCUCGGGUCCGCAGGCCAAGUCCGGACCGCUGAAACCACCUCUAGGGUCCUCCACCACCACCACCACCUCCGCGCCGUUCACGAGCUUCCGAGACCGACUCAAGAAAAAUGCGAACAGGAAUGUGGUUGAGGAAGAGCGGAAGAGGAAGAAGAAGGAGGAGGAGGAGGAGGCGAAGAGGCGGAAGAAGAUGAAGGAGCAGGAGGAGGAGGCGAGGAAGCGGAAGAGGAAGAAGGAGGAGGAGGAGAGGAAGAAGAGGAAGAAGGAGGAGGAGAAGAAGGAGAAGGAGAGGAAGGAAAAAUCUGAUGAUGUUAACAAAAGGAAGAGAAGAGGAGGAGGAGGAGGAGAAGGAAAGGAAGAAAAAGAGAAGGAGGAGGAGAAGAAGAAAGGGAAGAGAAAGGAGGAGGAGGAGGAGAUGAGUAGGGAGACUCGGACUCUCCCCAAGGACUUCUCUCCCUCCCCUUGGGCUAAAUUCGAGGAGGUGAACUGGGGAGGAGGAGGAGGAGGAGGAGGAGGAGGAGGAAGCAGUUUUGAAGAUAGCAGAGAAGAAGAAGGAAGAAGAGGAGGAGGAGAAGGAAGAAGAGGAGGAGGAGGAAGCAAUUUUGAAGAUAGCAGAGAAGAAGAAGAAGACCAAAAAAGAAGAGGAGGAGGAGGAGGAGGAGGAGGAAGAGAAGACUGCUUUAAAGAUCAAACAGAGGAAGAAGAUCGAAGAGGAAGAGGAGGUGGAGGAGGAGAAGAAGAAGGAAUAAGAGGAGGAGGAGGAGGAGGAAGAAGAGAGGAAGAAGAAGAAGAAGAAGGAACAAAAAACAAAAACAACAAAAAUUCCGACGAAGGAGCGAAUGAAGGAAUAGGCAAAACAUUUAAUAAAGAUGGAAUUGAAGGAAGAGAGGAAGAAGAGGAUAAAGAAGGAAGGGAAGAAGAGAGGAGGAGAGAGGAUAUGCAAGAAGGAGGAGGAGGAGGAGGAGGAGGAGGGAAGGAAACAGAGAAGAAGAAGGAGGAGGAAGAAGAGGAAGAAAGAAAAAAUCCAAAAUUCCAUAGGACUCCUCCCCACCCCCCCUCCCGCCCCCCCAUCCUACCCCCCACCCACUUGAAGGAUGCCAUGAGGUCCUGGGUAUCAUUUGAGGACUCCCCCGCCCCCCCCCUAAGGACGCCGAGAGGGGGUCCUACCAGGCGCCCCACGACCCCCAUAGGACGCUCCCGAAAGUCCCCCGCGAGGAGUCCUAUAGGAUUCCACACCAAGGGCCGGGCUGGUAGUGUGCAAAGGAGUCCGACGAGGGGUCCUUCAGGCGUGGCAGGGAGUCCUAGGGGUAGUGUGAGGGCUCCUGGGAAGGGUCCUAUGAGGGGUCCUAUGGGGUAUCCUGUGAGACGUCCUUCAGUGCCGAGUCCUACAGAAAUCGCCUCGAAAAGUCCUUCAGGAAAUGCUAAACCUCCUGUGAAGUCUCCUAUGAGGGGUCCUAUGGGGCAUCCUACAGGGACUUCACCACAUCCUACCGAAAUCCACACAAAACCUCCUUCAGGCAAUAGGACCUCCCCUGCAAAAUGCCCAAUGUGGAGUCCUACUGGGAAUCCUACGAAGAAUCCUACGAGAAAUCCUUCCGAAACCACUCGAAAAAGCACAGGACGCGUGACCCCUACCAGAAAACAUCCUAUGAAGAGUCCUACAAGCUGGGAUCCUAUCAAGAGGGGUCCUAUUGAGGGUGAUCGAAUAGCAGGAAGUCCUACGAGGGGGGAUUCUAAGGCUGGGAGUCCUAUGCAAAGAGGUCCUACCAAGAAUCAUACAGCAGAAAGUCCUAUGUCUGGGGAUCCUGCAAAGAGGUGUCCUACAGAAAGAGAUCCUACUAAUGGUCAUCGAAUAGCAGAGAGUCCUACAGCUGGAAAUCCUAUGUCUGGGGAUCCUACCAAGGGGAGUCCUAUGCAAAAAGGUCCUACUGAGAAUUACCAUAUAGCAGAAAAUCCUACAGCUGGAACUUCAAUGUCUGGGGGUCCUACCAAGGGGAGUCCUAUGCAAAAAGGUCCUACUAAGAAUUACCAUAUAGCAGAAAAUCCUACAGCUGGAAAUUCAAUGUCUGGGGGUCCUACCAAGGGGAGUCCUAUGCAAAAAGGUCCUACUGAGAAUUACCAUAUAGCAGAAAAUCCUACAGCUGAAAAUACAAUAUCUGGGGGUCCUACCAAGGGGGGUCCUACGGGGUAUCCUACAGGGUAUCCUACAGAUCCUGUAUAUGACCGCCUGUGGUUUGGGGGCGGGAUGCAACGCGAGAUAUCCUUCACUAAGGACAUAGAUUUAUCCAAGGAGGAAUUUAAGAUAUAUGCAAGUGUCCGCCCUUUCGGAGAGGGGGAGGAGGAGGAGGAGGAGGAGGGGAAGAGGAAGGAGGAGGAGGUAGGACUCUUCUUCCCUCCCUUCCUCCCUGAUGAUGACCCCUUCGGAAGGAUUAUUGAAGAGCUGAAGGAGAAGGAUUUGUAUUAUGAUAGUGUGAGAUGGGGAGGAGGAGGAGGAGGAGGAGGAGGAGGGUCAGAAGAAGAAGGAAGAGGAGGAGGAGGAGGAGGGUCAGAAGAAGAAGGAAGAGGAGGAGGAGGAGGAGGUAUGGGUUAUGGACUAGAAAAUGGAGGAGGAGGAGAAGGAGGAGGAGGUUAUGGAAUGGAAGAAGAGGGAAGAAGAGGAGGAGGAGGAAGGGAAGAAGAAGAAGGAAGACAUGGAAGCAAUGCAAGUUAUCGAAUAGAAGAAGACGGAAGAGGAAGAGGAGGAGGAGGAGGAGGAGAAGAAAAAGUCAGAUAUGGAUGCAAUACAAGCUAUCGACUGGAAGAAGAGGAAAGAAGACAAGAAGAAGGAAGAGGAGGAGGAGGAGGAAGACAAGAAGAAGGAAGAGGAAGAGGAGGAGGAGGAGGAGGAGGAGGAGGAGACCCAGGUACCCAAAACAGACACCAUCUCACAACACACCCCAAAAAUCAUCUUGGUCAAAACGUAAACAAAACCACACACACAUCCACAAACUCUACUAUUACACCCAACAUACCCCCCUUACAGCCCCCUUACAUGGACCCUGGCACCCCCUAUGACCCUUACACACCCUCCCAUACCCCCUACGCACCCCAUGACACCCCUUACAGCCCUUACGAGCCGUCAUUUCAACCCUCAGUCGCUAUCUUUUCAUCUGAUAUGUCCAAAUUAAAGCCCACUUACACCCCUUAUGCUCACCCCUACACCCCUUCCACACACCCGGCCACCCCUUACGCACCCUCCCACACCUCCCACACCCCUUACGAACCCCCAAUUCAAGGCCCAGCAGAGGAGGUCGCGCAGAAACCAAUGAGAUUUGAUCGGAUUUUCAAACUCGAGAUUGUCGUCGGAAUUAUGGAGUCGAGUGCCCCGUACCCCCAUACCCCAGUCCGCUGUGCCCCCUGCCAUACCCUGUGCCUCCCCCUGGACCCCCAUGGCACCGUACCGCCCCUGAGGCAUGACUUGAUGCACUUUGCCGAUAUGAGGUCGAAUAUCGGAGAAAUGCAAAAAUCGGAAUUGUUCGAGUUUUACGUUUUUCCGCGCCGAUAGACCCCAUGGAGUGCUUGGAGGGUUCGGUAGAGUCCGCCGGUAGUCUUCCGAGCCUGGUUGAGUAUCGGUUGGUCCCUAUCUACCGGGUUGUGCCGAGUUGCGAGUGGUUGUUGGCGGACGAGAGAUUGGUUGUGGCCUGUUUUGAUUUUUCUUCCUCUUCUUCUUCUUCUUCUUUUUCUUCUUUUUCUUCUUCUUCUUCUUCUUUUCCUAUGUUGCCGUUCUCCUCUUCCUCCUCCUCCUCUUCUUCCUCUCGUUCUCUUCUUCCUUCCUCCUCCUCCUCUUCCUUAUCUUCUAUUUCCAUUCCUCUUCCUCCUCCUUCUUCCUCCUCUUCUUCUUCUUCCUCUGUUUUUGUAUGUCCUUCCUCUUCCUCCUCCUCCUCCUCCUCCUCCAUUCCUCCUCCUCUUCUUAUGAUCACCUCCUCUUCCUCUCCUCUUCCUCCUCUUAGAACCAUACCAUAUACACUCUUCUCCUCCUCCUCCUCUUCCAUUCCUCCUCCUCUUCCUCUUCCCCUCAUAACCACCUCCUCCUCCUCCUCCUCCUCCUCCUCCACUGUCCCAUCAUCAUCACUCAAAGUUGAGAUACACAGAGAAGAAUUACAUAGAUGUGUCUUAAGCCUACCUCUCCUAAUUGGGGCACAGGUGAGGAAGGAGGAGGAGGAGGAGGAGGAGGAAGAAGAUAGGAGGGAGAGAGAAGGAAGUCUGGAGGAGAUCAAAGAUUAUGUGGAAUGGAGGAAGAUGGAAGGGGAGGAAGAGGAAGAAGAGGAGGAGGGAAGAGAAGGCUGGAUAAGGAUGGGAGGUAAAGAAGGGAAGAGGGGAGAGGAGAAAGGAGAAGAAGAAAGGGAAGCAAAGGAAAAUAAUAAAGGAAAUUUGACGACAGAAAACGAUGUGUGUGUUUUGAUAGGCUUAGACGACGAUGCCGGAACAGGAAUAAGAGGAAAUAUGGAUAAAGAAGGGAAGAAGGGAGAAUGGCUGAUGAAGAUGCUGGAUAUGGAUGAAUUAGAAGAUGUAUUGAAGAUGGGAAAUGAGAGAGAAUGGGAAGUAGAAGAUGGGGAGGAAGUGGAUUUGAUAAAGAUGGGGAGAGAAGACGAUGGGAGAGAGGAAAUAGAUGAAGAUAGGAAGAAGGAAGCAUUGAUAAAGAUAGCCAAAGAAGAAGGGAAGGAGGAAGAAGAAGAAGAGGGGAAGAAGAAGGAAGAGGAAGAAGAUUUGAUAAAGAUGGAGAGAGAAGACGAUGGGAGAGAGGAAGUAGAUGAAAAUAGGAAGAAGGAAGCAUUGAUAAAGAUAGCCAAAGAAGAAGGGAAGGAAGAAGAAGAAGAAGAAGAAGAAGAGGGGAAGAAGAAGGAAGAGGAAGAAGAAAAUUUGAUAAAGAUACAAACCAAGGCAACAGAAGAUAGGAAGAAGAUUCAACACAAAGAAGAAAAAGAAGAAGUAGAAGAAAAUUUGAUGAAGAUGGAGAUGGAUAAGGAGGGGAAGGAAUCAUCAUCAACAGAAAACGACGGAAUGGAGGAAUUGACCAAAACAGAAGAAGGGAAACACGGAGAAUUGAUGAAGAUAGGAAGAGAAAGAAGAAGGGAGGAGGAGGAAGAAGAAGAGGGGAUUGAGAGAGAAAGAAGAGGAAGGGAGGAGGCGGAAGAAGACGAAGGGAGAAGAAAGGAAGAAGAAGAAUCACAAAAAACACUAAAAGAAGAUGGGAAGAAGGAAGAAAAUGCAAUAAAGAUAGGGAGAAGAGAGAUAGAGGAGAUGAUGAAGAGGGAGAUAGAGAAAUUGAUAAAGAUAGUUAAUGACAAGGAUAAAGAAAGGGAGAAAGAAGAAGAAGAAGGGAGGAGAGAAGAAGAAGAAGGAAUUAGAGGAAGAGGAGGAGGAGGAGGAGGAAGACUUCACCUCCUCCACGCAUUUCAGAGUACGGAGGAGGUGGAGGAGGAGGAGGUACUGGAGGAAGAGGAGGAGGAGAAGGAGGAAGAGGAAGAGAAGAAGAAGGAGGAAGAAGAGGAGGAGGAGGAAGACAGUCUGACCUCCCUCGUUCCCUUCCUUCCUCUUCCUCCUCUCUUCUCAAUCCCUGACAUCUUCAUCCAUGCCCCAGAAGAAGAAGAGGAAGAAGAAGAAGAAGAAGAGGAAGAAGGACAGAAGGAAGAUGAUAGAUACAAAGAAGAAGAAGAAGAAGAAGGGAAGGGAAGAGAGGAAGAAGAAGAAGAAGAAGGAAAAGAAGAAGAAGAAGAAGAAGAAGAAGAAGAGGAAGAAGACAGCCUUAAGAAUGUGAUUAAAGAGGAGAAAGAGGAAGAAGAAGGGAAGAGGAACACCAUUGAUAAAGAUGGAGAGAAGGCUGACCUUGAUUUUGACCUUCCGACCUGCACCUUGGAUGAAGAGGUCAUGCUCCGCGCCUUCAUGCUGGCACAAGGUCACGUAGGUCAAGGUCACCCACUGGAAGGUCAGAUAUUACAGGAACAGUUGCAAGGUCACCAGUAUCAAGAUCAAGUCCAGGGUCAUGGAUUGGGUCAGAAAGGUCACUUGUUAGAUGAGCAAGGUCACCAAUUCCAAGUUCAAGAUCACCCAUUAGAAGGUCAAGUUAAAGGUCACCAAUUAGAAGGUCCAAAAGGUCAUCAAGGUCAAGUUCAAGUUCUCCAAUUACAAGAUCAAGGUCAGAAAGGUCAUGAGUUGGGUAAAAAAUGUCACCAAAAUCAAGUUCAAGUUCAAGAUCAUCAGUUACAAGGUCAGAAAGGUCACCCAUCAGAAGGUCAGCAGUAUGAAGAUCAAGUUCAGGGUCACCAGCUACAGAAUCAAAGUCAGAAAGGUCACCAAUUCGAAGGUCAACACUAUCAAGUUCAAGUUCAAGGUCACCAAUACAAAGGUCACAAAUACAUCCCCUACCCCAACCCAGGUCAACCCCAAGGUCAAAGGUCAUACGAGUUCACCCCGACCCAUCUGGCGCCCAGUUUCGACAGUGACCUUCCCCUACGGGCCACGGCAAAGGUCAGCUGGGAGGAAGGUCAGGUCAGGUCGGCGGUGGUGGUGGUGGAGGUGGUUGUGUGUGAGGGGGUAUGUAGAAGUAGUAGUAGUAGUAGUAGUAGUAGUAGUAGUAGUAGUAGUAGUAGUAGUAGGAAUAUUGUAAGUACCUGUGAUAUAAGAGGAGGAGGAGGAGGAGGAGAGGAAGAGGAGGAGGAAGAGGAGCUUGGAAGAGUUAAGUGCUUGGAGAGACCAGAAGUUAGAGGAGGAGGAGAAGAGAGAAGAGGAGGAGGAGGAGAAGAAGAGAGAAGAGGAGGAAGAAGAAGAGGAAGAGGAGGAAUAUCUCUUCUCACCCUCUCUCUCAUAUAUGGAGGGAAGGGAGGAGGAGGAGGAGGAGGAAGAGAAGAAGAAGGAGGAGGAGGAGGAAGAAGGGAGGAAAGAAAAAUGGAAGAGGAGGAAGGAAGAGGAAGAAGAAGAGGAGAUUUAAUGAAUGAAGAAAGAGGAGGAGGAAGAGAAGAGAGGAAGACAGAAGAAGAAGAAGGAGGAGGAGGAGGAAGAAGAAGAAGAAGAGGAGAUUUAAUGAAAGAAGGAAGAGGAGGAGAAGAAGAAGAGGAAGAAAAAGAAGAAUCAAAACAAACAACCGGAAAACAAGGUCAAGGUCGCCCACCACCAUCACCACCAGGUCAGGUCAUACAAGGUCAGGUCAUACAAGCCCAAGAACGCGUCUGGCAAAGCUACAUCAGGUCAACCGUCAACCAAGGUCAUGGGCACUUCUCCGUCGCCCUCCACCGCUCGCUCUCCCCCCCCACCGUGACCUCCUGUGACCUUAACGAGUCCUACUAUGACCUUGAUGACCUUGAAAUUCCAAUGAUUGAUGAGUCUCCUCAAAACUCCAACUCAGCCAUUUUUUCCGAGACUCCGUUACACCAAUAUCCCCGCCUUCCCCUGCCUCCCCUGCCGUCCGUACCCACAUCCCAGGCUCCCCAAGGGUCCGCCCCACCCCAGGGUACCCAGGCGCCCCUACCAAGCCCCCAGGGGAACCUCCAGGGGGGGGUAGGGUCCGCAAACAGCUCGGCGAUCUUGCAAUACUGGUCUGGGAUUUUUCGAGACAGACGGAAUUUGACGUCGCUCGGAAUUGCCGAUUUACCCCAUUCCGAGGCCUUCCCUGGGGGUGGCGUCGGGUGUAGGGGUGGUCCAACUCCCCAGGGGCAGGAUCGGACUGGGGGUAGCACACUGGGGUCAGCGCCUAUGCCCAUAAAGGUCACGAAAGUGGAUGGAGUUCGUCGACCUGAAGAUGACCAAAAUUUUGCCUAUUUUUUGAGUUGUUCGCCCGAGUCUCCGCUUGGAAGCCUGGACUGGGCGGGAGCGAGGAAGGAAGAGGAGGAGGAGGAGGAGGAGGAGGACUGGUUGGAGGAGCUGGAGAAGGAGGAGGAGGAGGAGGAGGAAGGAAGGAGGAGGAGGAGGAAGAUGAGUGAUUUCUUCUGUGAUUUUGAUUUCGAGGAUGAAGAAGAAGAAGGAAGAGGAGGAGGAGGAGGAGGAGGAGGAGGAGGAGGAAGCAGUAGAAGAAGAUCUGAAAAACAUUGAAAGAAAGAAAGAAAGGAAGAAAGAAAGAGAGAGAGAAAAUAACGAGAGAAAUAAAGAAAAUGAUGAUGAUGAUGAUGGUGGGGGGGUUGGGCCCUUCUUACUCCUCCUCCUCCUCCUCCUCCUCCUCCUCCUCCUCCUCCUCCUCUUCUUCCUCCUCCACCUCCUCCUUUUCAUCUCCUUCAUAGAUUCAGU